UGCUACUGUCACUGGCUCCUGGGGCUCCCGGGAAGCCGCGAGUUUCCGCAGGGAGGCGGCGGCAGCAGCUGCGGCCGGGCCGGUCUGCAGUCUGUGCUGAGCCAACACUACUCACAGUGAAAGUGAUGCCUGUUCUCCAUUGGCACAAAAUGAGCGUGAGGUGGUUAGCCAGACCAGGAGCUCACCCUCACACAGAGUCCAGCCUACUGCUCUGAUGCCGAAGGGGAGGCAGAAAGUGCCACACUUGGAUGCCCCCCUGGGCCUAUCCACCUGCCUCUGGCUUGAGUUAGCCGGGCUCUUCUUGCUGGUUCCCUGGGUCAUGGGCCUGGCAGGGACAGGUGGGCCUGGGGCCCAGGGUCCAGGGGGGCUAAGCUGGGCCGUGCAUCUGGACAGCCCGGAAGGCCAGGGGGAGGAAGAGACCCUGGAGCAGCAGGCAGACGCCUUGGCCCAAGCAGCAGGGCUGGUGAAUGCUGGACGCAUCGGGGAGCUCCAGGGGCACUACCUCUUCGUCCAGCCGGCUGGGCACUGGCAGGAGCAGCAGGUGGAGGCCGCCCGGCAGCAGGCGGAGGCUGUGUUAGCCAGGCAUGAAGCUGUGCGCUGGCACUCAGAGCAGAGGCUGCUAAAGCGGGCCAAGCGCAGCGUCCACUUCAAUGACCCCAAGUACCCACAGCAGUGGCACCUGAAUAACCGGCGGAGCCCUGGCAGGGACAUCAACGUGACAGGUGUAUGGGAGCGCAAUGUAACCGGGCGAGGGGUGACCGUGGUGGUAGUGGAUGACGGCGUGGAGCACACCAUCCAGGACAUUGCACCCAACUAUAGCCCUGAGGGCAGCUACGACCUCAACUCUAAUGACCCUGACCCCAUGCCCCACCCGGAUGUGGAGAAUGGCAACCACCACGGCACGCGAUGUGCAGGAGAGAUCGCCGCUGUGCCCAACAACAGCUUCUGUGCAGUGGGAGUGGCAUAUGGGAGCCGCAUAGCAGGUAUCCGGGUACUGGAUGGACCCCUCACAGACAGCAUGGAGGCCGUGGCGUUCAACAAGCACUAUCAGAUCAAUGACAUCUACAGCUGCAGCUGGGGACCAGAUGAUGAUGGAAAGACAGUGGAUGGCCCCCAUCAGCUUGGAAAGGCUGCCUUGCAACAUGGGGUGAUGGCUGGCCGCCAGGGCUUUGGGAGCAUCUUUGUGGUAGCCAGUGGCAAUGGGGGCCAGCACAACGACAACUGCAACUACGAUGGCUAUGCCAACUCCAUCUACACCGUCACCAUAGGUGCUGUGGAUGAGGAGGGACGGAUGCCUUUCUAUGCAGAGGAGUGUGCCUCCAUGCUGGCAGUCACCUUCAGUGGUGGGGACAAGAUGCUCCGGAGCAUUGUGACCACCGACUGGGACCUUCAGAAGGGCACAGGCUGUACUGAGGGCCACACAGGGACCUCAGCCGCAGCCCCUCUGGCAGCUGGCAUGAUAGCCCUAAUGCUGCAGGUGCGGCCCUGUCUCACAUGGCGUGAUGUCCAGCACAUCAUUGUCUUCACAGCCACCCAGUAUGAGGAUCGCCGUGCAGAGUGGGUCACCAAUGAGGCAGGCUUCAGCCACAGCCACCAGCAUGGAUUCGGCCUCCUCAAUGCCUGGAGACUCGUUAAUGCAGCCAAGAUCUGGACAUCUGUCCCUUACUUAGCUUCCUAUGUCAGCCCCGUGUUAAAAGAGAACAAGGCAAUUCCGCUGUCUCCCCGUUCCCUGGAGGUCCUGUGGAAUGUCAGCAGGACGGACCUGGAGAUGUCGGGGCUGAAGACCCUGGAGCAUGUGGCAGUGACAGUCUCCAUCACUCAUCCACGACGUGGCAGCUUGGAACUGAAGCUGUUUUGCCCCAGUGGCAUGAUGUCCCUUAUUGGUGCCCCCCGCAGCAUGGACUCGGAUCCCAACGGCUUCAAUGAUUGGACCUUCUCCACUGUGCGAUGCUGGGGGGAAAGAGCUAAAGGCACUUACAGACUCGUUAUCAGGGAUGUAGGGGAUGAGACGUUCCAGGCCGGCGUCCUCCGGCAAUGGCAGCUGACCCUGUAUGGCUCUGUGUGGAGUCCGGUAGACAUCAGGGACAGACAAAGGCUAUUGGAAAGUGCCAUGAGUGGUAAAUACCUGCACGAUGGCUUCACUCUGCCCUGCCCCCCUGGGCUGAAAAUUCCUGAGGAAGAUGGCUACACCAUCACCCCUAACACCCUCAAGACCCUGGUGCUGGUAGGCUGUUUUACCAUCUUCUGGACCAUUUACUACAUGCUGGAAGUAUACUUGAGCCAGAAGAAUGUGGCCUCUCACCCAAUUUGUAGGAGUGGACCCUGCCACUGGCCCCAACAAAGCCGAAAAGCCAGGGAAGAGGGGACAGAACUAGAAUCGGUGCCACUUUGCCACAGCAAGGAUCCAGAUGGAGUGGAGACAGAGCAUGAGGGCCCUCCCACCACCUCUGGUCUCCUUACCCCAGACCUGCUGGAUCAAGGGGACUGGAGCCAGUGCCAGAACAGAAGUGCCCUGGACUGCCCUCAUCAGCACCUACCCCCAGACCUGUUGCAGGGGAAGGAGGAACAGAUGUGUUGACCCAGGGCCUGACAGACUCAACAUGGAACAGGCUCUUCCUUCCCAAAUUUGGGGAAGCUUGGAAAACUGCUCCGAAGUCUUGGGAGCUCUGGGAAAAAAGCAGUCCUGAUGCUUAUAUCUGGAAUCCAGAGGGCUAAAGAGCACCCUCUGAGUACACUCAGGGAAGGCAAUGGCCUUCUUAAGGUGCAAGUGGCAGAACAACAGUGCCACAGAACAGUGUGGCAACUUCAGGAUCUUCCUCCAACCAAACAGGAGCUUUUGGUGAGAAGGUCUUGGACAAGGGAUUGCCUCCCCUCUUUGGGCAAGCCUCCAUCCUCCUUUCUCCUGGGCAAGCCAGUGGGAUGGAUCAUGGGGACCCUCACCCACGCAUAGGUGAGAAGGUGCCUGCCAUAGCCAGAAGAGCAUCUCAACAGAAACAUCACUGGGGCCGCUUGGGAAGAGGGCUAAGGGGUAGAGGCUGGGAACAGCCCCUGGCUAUGCCUGUCCUUCUAAUGACCCAGGGCCCAAAAACAGCAAACUUUUCUUCUCUCUCCCUCACCUUCCUGCCUAAGCUUUGGACCUUGGACAUAUUGGUAUGGCAAUCAGCUCUCAGCCCGGAAUUCUUGCCCUAAAAGCAGCUCCCUCCAUUAUCCCUGAUCCGAAGCCAACCUUGAACACACCCCUGACUCCUUCGCCAUCACCACCCUCCUUCAUCCUGAAGGAUCGGUACGAUGCUCCCGGCAAAGCUGGGGAUGGGCGC